CCUUAUUCUGCUCCCGCCACACUUUUCUUCCAUGAUCCUAAUGAUCAUAAAAGGGUUGUUUAGAAGAUAUGAAAGAUGGAAUCCUGUGCAUCCAACAUCCGGAGCCUUUUGGGGCAUGGGGAUAGGCAUUGGUUGUGGUGUUGGAUGGGGUCCUGGGUUUGGCCCUGAGGUGAUUGGGUAUGUGGGAGCUGGUUGUGGUGUUGGAUUUAGUGUUGGCAUCACUCUGGCUGGUGUUGGUAUUGGUCUUCCUGCAAAUUGCCUUAUUGAAGUUCCUUAUAAUGCCUUUAUAGCAACAAGAAAUGGUGCUUUGGAGUUUACCCGAAUGAGUGGUCUUCUUUCCAUGGGAAACGCUGCAGGGGAUGGCCUGAACAACAUUGUAUCACACAUCUCUGGUUUGCAAAGAGAAGCCAGUGGCAGGUUCUCUAGCUUUAAGGGUAGACAUACCUUGAACAAAGGGGUAGAUUUAUGUGACUCGAAGAGUUUAAUGCUUCAUUCUAGGUCUAUUUUGGAACGUAUAAGAACAUCUGGUUGCAGCUUCUUUCAUGGUCGGAGAGGUAUGUUAAUGAGUCCAUGGAAUUUUUAGUAAUUCUAAGAUAUUUACUAUUUGCUUAUAAAUCUUGAAUGGAUGGUUCUAAUUGGUUUAACAUAAUCUUUCAUAUAACACUGCUAUUUUUUUUUUUCUUUUUGGUGCUUAAUUUUACAACCUUAGGAAGUUGUGAUCACAGUUGGAUCAGCAUUGUCAGGAGAGGGAUUAUUUUUUUGCACGAUGUGUGAAUUUGGUGGGAUUAAGGAGCAGUCAGUUCAAUGUGGGAUGAUGUUGUAGUUGGCCCUAGUUACUUACAUUAGAAUUUUAUCUGGUCUAUUGGCUCAAACUUUCUUUAUUUUCAUUGGUCAGUUUGUGUGUUGGUUUAUGAAUGAUGUUAGGUCAACAUUAGGGGCCUAUAUAUAGGUCUACUAAUGUGAUUUAAGGGAUUAAAUGAUCAUGAGAGAAUUUCUACCACAAUGAGCAAAUCACAACUUAGAGGAAAUGGAUCCACCCUAUCAAAUGAUCUGUUACCUGCUCCACUCUUGCCAGCAGGAAUGUUGCUGAAUUUUCUUAAUCCUAAAGGUUGCUUCACAAGAAUUUUGAGAAUAGGAAGGUUAAUAUGUGGGUGUGUUACAGACAAUACUGAACUGCUGAAAUCGUCUUCUCGAAGGAUAAUAAGGCCUUUUUCCCCCUAUCUAGUCCUUUUGAUGUUCUUUCUAAUGUAUGUUGGCACCCUAGUAUUCCCACCUAAAGUCGAGAUAUGUGAAGGCUACCUAGAUGCUCCUAGUUAAUAUUGAGAAUGGGAAAGGUACUCUUUUAAUUGUUGGUCUUAAGGAUCGAUACUAGCAUAUUCAAAUAUAUGUCCUAAUGUUCUUCUAUCCUAUUAAUUCAACCUUUAUUUUAUUAUUGUGAAA